UUUUUUGUGAAAAAAUGGUUCCAAUGUUGUUGAAGUUUAUUCAGUUCAACAUUUCAAGUUUGCUUUUGAAUGUAUUCAUCUAUCCAAGUGUUUCAUCUGUCAUCAUUGAAAACUUGCCUCCACCAGAGAAUCCGUUUUUUGCUAAGGAACAGAAGCUAUUGAAUCCAUUCAGGACAACAUUGAAUCAAGCCUUAACCUGUGGACAAUUGAUUGCAUCUCGAGGAUUUCAAUUCGAGCGUCAUUUUGUUACCACAGUAGAUGGUUAUAUACUUCAAUUUCAACGCAUCAUUAAUCCUUAUGCCAAAGCAGCUCGUGGUCGAAGUCUUAAACCUAUUCUGGUCAUUCACGGUGCACCGACUUCAUGCAGUAGCUUCAUGAUUAACGGACCUGGUGGUCAUAUACAGGAAUGGAUCAACGGUAAUCCUCCCAAUGAUACAUCCAAAAGCCUUGCCUUUGCUUUGGCUAAUCGUGAGUUUGAUGUUUGGCUCGGAAACAACAGAGGCACCACUUACUCGUUGAAUCACACUUCCCUCAAUCCAUACAAAGAUCGUCAAUUUUGGGACUUUACAUUCGUGGAUAUGGCCAUGUAUGAUAUACCUGCUAUGGUCGAUUACAUGAUCCAAGAAACUGGCCAUGAGAAAAUUGUUUGGAUUGGUUAUUCACAAGGAGCUAUUUUAAUGCCUGUACUGUUAGCUAAGUAUCCCGAGUUUGCCCAUAAAUUAGAUUUGAACAUUAAUGUUGCUCCAAUAGCGUUUUAUGGUGACCCAAAUGGCAUCGCAAACCUUGUACCACGAGCGAGAUUCCUCUUAAAAAUUGCAUCCAUUUAUCAAGGACCUGUGAUUCCCUUUUUACCAGUUUUGGACGCCAUAACAUCGAUUCUCUGUACAAGUAACAUUCUCAACCCAAUUUGUUUUGAGAUUUACAAUUACUUGUUUGGACCUGAUCGUCCGAUGGUUUCACGAGACCAAAUCAAAGAGCUACUCAGUCAAGUAGAUCAGACUUCGUUUAAAAACGCCUUACAUGUAUUGCAGUCUAUCAAUUUUGAUCAAAUUCGUGAAUAUGAUUAUGGUCCAUUGAAAAAUCUUCAAUUGUAUGGUUCAAUUGAACCACCAGUGUUUCCAUUCGAAAACAUUCCUACCUACAAUUUGGUUCUCAUUAGUGGAUUAAAUGACUAUUUAGCACCUCCAAAAAACGUUCAAAAACUAAGAAAUAUUUUAAGAGGCCCACCUUUGGUUGACUACGUUGUCCCAUGGCCUCUAUGGUCUCAUACCGACAUUUUACUUGCUGAUGAAGCCUUUUAUCUAAUGCACAAUGUUAUUAUUGAAAUAAUCCGUAAAUAUGGCGAGGAUAUCGAAGUUUCAUUGUAAAAUCAUCAAGAAACAGUAACUUAAUCCUAUUUUCAUAAUUAAUUUAGCUAUUAGGUUAUUUUCAUGAAAAUUACCCAAAACCAGAAAGCGCUUGGUCAUGGCUUAUAAAACAAUUGACCGAUGAAAUAAAAACAAUUGUAUUUAAAAAUUUAAAUUUUUGCCAGUUUUACUUUCGCGUCAAAACCAUUGGCUCGUUCAAGUGUUUUUAUUUCACAAUUGUGGGAGACAUGCGAAGUCAUUGUCAGCUCGUUUCACUUCUACUCAGCCACUCACGUUUCAGCUUAAAUCUGAUGGCAAUGUAAACAAGCUUAAAUUUAAAGAUUGUUACUAGGAAAAUCAACUUUUAUGGUUAACUGUUAAUUGUGAAUUAAGUGAAUUUGUUUGUCAGUCGCCCAGGCUGCUACCAGUCUAAAGUCAGAUCAGAUACAGUAGCUUAGCUCGGAGAGUGUGGUGUUUCAAGCGUUGACCAUCCAUUGUAAAUGUCACUCAACGUUACCCAAAACUGAAAUACAAAUUGAAAUAAAAACCAGUUACAAUGGACGAAAUGGAUAAUGAAGUGGACGAAUCGAAUAAUGAAAGCGACGAAAUGGAUGCCAGCUCCGCUAGCUCCGAUGCCUUUGAUAUAACUAAAAUCAACGUCAAUUUUUUAGGUGAAUGGUAUGCUGUAAUGAUUGAUUGGAAUGCUCCUUAUGAAUAUAAACAGCAACAAGUAAUUCAACAACUUUCAAAAUUAACUGGAAUACCAGUUGUAUUUACAACAGGUUUCCAUGUGCACGAAUUGCACCCACGAGGUCGUGUGAUUGAAGAUUGGCAUGAAAUCAGACGUAUUGAGAUUAAAAACGAUGUACUCUACAAGCUCCGUCCUGUUAAGAAUUUUCAUUGUCCCGAUAUCUUUACGAAGAGAAACAUGCUUGGCCCAUGUAUUGUGGAGGAUGAGCUUUAUUAUCUCGCAUUCACGAUUGUUUUCGAACCAAGUUUUAUCUAUCGAACAGCUAUCUCGUAUGAGCUGGUGCCUCAAGUCGAGGUUGAUGAAGGAGAAUGCAAUUUACAUAUGUGUCAAACAGCUUGUACUGAACCUUUCUUAAAUAGGAUAAAGAGUAUUCUCGAUAACUAUGAAUUGAAUAAAGAACUUAGCAUGCGAAUCAUGCCAUUAUUUAAUGAUGGAAAUAAUUGGGAGGAAGAAGCGAAAAAAGUUUAUUAUGAAUACAAUAUUCUCCCAUUUUUUGAUGUUGUCUGCAGUUAUCGAUUCUCAGAGGAAAAUCUUUCUGGAAAUAGUCAUCAAAUGGAUUAUGAUUCAUGAUCAGAAUAUCGUUUUUGAUGAUGGAUGUCAAAUUGAUUUUUAUGCAUUUUUAUCUUCAUGAAAUUUCUAAGAACUGAUUGUAAAUAUUUGAUUAUAAUGAAUAAACUUUGACUAUGUUGGCUCCUGGCCUCUAUGAUCUCAUACCGACAUCUUAA